AUGGCUCCUCCGAGUGAUGAUGUUUACGCAAAGAUCUCAACAGAAGCGGCCACUGAGUUCGUCCAGUCGUACUACCCCGCUCUUCAAUCAAACCGCGCCAUAAUCGCCUCCUUCUACGGCGCCCCUCCAUGCACCAUUGUAUUCAACGGAAACACAGUCGCGGAUGGGAAUGCGGUCCAAGAGAUAUUUGUCAACCAGAUGCCGCCCGCACAUUAUGAGGUUCAGUCAUUCGAUUGCCAAAUCAUCAACAAGCAGUAUCCUACGAAUGCAACAGGAAGGCAGCCGGAUCCUAGGAAAGAUAUCUCGAUCUUAGUGAUUGUCAGUGGAUACGUCCGGUAUGGAGAGUCGCGCGACCUCCCUCAGCGCGGCUUCAGCGAGACUUUCGUUCUUACCCCGAACCCUUCCACCGAUGGACCAAAGGGAAAGCGCAGACGGGACUGGCUGGUUCAGACCCAGAACUUCCGUCUCGUCGUCUGA